UUAAAUAUCUAUGUAAGGCUAUGUUUAGACAGCAGGACAAAGUGUUAAAGUCAGUUUUAUGCACUUUUCAAAUAUGUUACAUCAUUUGUAUAAAUCUGGCUCAAAUAGAACUUUAACUGACCAAAUAUCUGGUUUGAGAUGUGACUGACUAUACAAAAAACUAGUCCUGCCUUGUUCUGUUUCGUAUUGAUUCUAGCGUCUUUGAUUACACAUAUUUAGUAAAGCUGGUUUUCUAAUGAUACAGGUAGGGUUUGCAGGCUUACUUUAAAAAUGUAUUCCGUUACAGAUUUCUGAUUAAUUACUUAUUAAAAUUGUAUUUUUAGCCUAAUCCAAUGGAUUACAUUAUUUAUGUAAUGUAGGAUUACUUUAAUUUGGAUUGCUUUAACUCGUUAACUGCCAAAGAGUUUCAGAACACUCCCCUACCAUGUCAGGUAGUAUGGAUAUCAGCAAGCUCCAAUGAGCUGUUGGAUUUCUCAUUGCAGAUUCAUUAACACCUUGGUAGAUGUGUAAAAGUUGUCAAUAUUAACAUUUCCCUUCCCCAGCAGUCUGGCAUUGGUGAGAAGGCACUUUGCUGCAGAAUGUUCAAUCUCUACAACCCUGUCAAAUUUGGUCCACCAGUGUAAACAUCCUAGAUAGGUCAGCCAAUGCCAAGAUACAGAAGGAGACUCGGAGCCAAUCAGCCUUACACCAAAGCCUUGUCAAGACCCACACAUUGUGAUGGGACCUUUGAGGCGCAAGCUUUCUUUCCCCAACAAGAAUGAGAUGCACAGUGCAAACAGUGGUGAUGCUGUUGCUGUAGCAGUGAGCAGCGUAGACAGUAUGCAAGAGGUCAGCCCACUGCCGCCCAUGCCUGACCUGUCACAGAGGACCUUGUCUCAGCUCCCACCUCUGUCCCCCUCUCUGCCCUCGGUGCCUUCUACAUCUUCUCAAUGGAAGGAUGAAGUCCUUGAUGCGGGCUCUCCAGAACAGAAGCCUUCCCAGAACAAUUCUCAGCUUCGGUGUUCACCUGCCUUCCUUCGGCAAUGCAGUGUCCGACUGGGCCAGGAUGUGCUGAGAGCCUCACAGAAUGCCCAGAGUACACAUGACUGCUCUACCAACUUAACCAGCAGCUUCCAGCUUGACCUGCCACAAAGCCCACUCAAAAGCCCUGUCUUUGCAAAGACAGAUCCUAAAGGAGGCACUGAAUUGUCUGGUAUCAAAGACGGUGACAGUUUUACAGACAGUGUAUGUUCACCAAAUGAAGAAGAAAACUUUCAGAAAUCUUCAAGCCAUAAAAAUCUACUUUCUGAGAGAACGGAUUGCCCAAAACGCCUUUCACUCUGCAGAAAAGCUCAGCCGUUAAACCGCGUUACAGUGCCUGAUGGGGAAGAUGGUGGCGGGGACAUCUGUCUGAAACAGGAACCUCUCGAGCCAAAUCAGAUGAAGGAUGAAUAUACUCACGGAACCAGCUUAACCUCUGUGUUUGAGAAAUCAGCAAAAUCAGAGAAAACGCCAUUGGCUGAAGAGACUUUUAAGGAGUUCACCAGUCACAUGCUUCUACACUUGUCAGAUGAAGAGGAAGAGGAAGAGAAAGUGGCUGUUCAAAGCCCUGUAUUCCACCAAGAGUCUGUUUCACGUGCUCGCCACCUGAGCCUCUUCCCUACACAGCCCUGCUGCUCUCUCCGUGCUGCCGCCACCACCACCACUACUACUACUACCACCACCACCAUCCACACACUGAGCCAUUCCAAUCAAGAGUCCAACUCUCAGGAUGUACUUCAAAGGAAAAUCAUCCCCAAGACUGCUUACCCAGCAGAGUCCGACCAACCAGAAGUUCCUAGAAAGUGGGGCAUCCAAGAUACCUCUGCGUGUGAUUCUCAAUUCACGGAGGGAAAUGGCGAAGGCCUUGUGUCAUAUUACUGGGGUGUUCCGUUCUGCCCCAAGGGCCAAAACCCAGAUGAUUACACCAGUGUCAUUCUCAGCCAGUUGGAGGUGUAUGAAAAGAGCCUGAAAACAGCCCAGCGAGGACUCCUACGCAAAGUGGAUUGGGGUCUUCCGGUGUGUCCUUGCCCACUGGAAAGGUCAUUCGGCAGAAGAUUUAAGCGUCAUAGAGCCCCUCGUCUUAUGGGCGAGGAUGACGAAGAAAAUGACGAAGAACCAGAACAACAGCAACAGGAAGAGCAAAAGAAGGCGGAGGAGGCAGGGGAAGAGAGGGCGGAGUCCCAGGCAGGUCCGGAUGAAAGAACAAGGAAUGGACAGGGCGAACCGUAUGUGGUGGUGUCGUCUCCUGAGGCACAGGAGGAGCUGACGCAAAAAUCUUUGCUGUUUGGGCAACAGGAGUCCAUGGAUGCACUCAAAUCUUCCAGUUUUAGGAAAUCUAGUCAUCGGGACUGUUCUCCGAUACAGCAGCGUGAUGAAUAUGAAGAAGGUCAACAUGAACAGUGUGAUGUUGCGAACACUGUGUGUCCAGAAACUCAGCUGAGUAAAGACAGUACACCAGAUCUGAUGGUGACCAGUCCUGUGCAGCCACAGUCACGGGCAGACAGUGAGGUCAUGGAGGUGGAUGAAGAAGGGACUCCCCCUGCCAUAGAUGAGGAAAGGAUGGAGCAGGAGCAGGGUGAGGAGGAGGAGGAGCAGAGGGAGCCACAUUCUCCUCUGAGCCAGACGGUGGCAUGCCCCAUGUGCUGUUGCUUCUUCACCCGCAACAAGAUUGAGAUGCACGCAGCCUACUGCGACGGCACCACAGAGCUGCACAAGCAGCGAGUGCCAGCGCUACGGAAGAGGACAGGAAGAAUAGCGAUGGGUGAGGCCUCGCCAAGAUCUGAGAAAUCAGAGGAGCAAGAGAAAUGCUACUUGUGUUUUAAGUUUUUCUCCCGUGACAAGUACACUCAACAUGUUCCCCAGUGCCUUCAGCAGAAAACACUCAGACCCAAUCAGGGAAAUGGCUUACUGGCCGCCCUGGAUCAGACAGAAAAGGGGCAUAUAGAUGAUUAUGAAGCCGGACCAUCUGAUAUUACGAUCCAAAGCAACCGUGGCCUUGCAGACCCUUCAGCAAUGGCUGAAGAUGUUGGAAGCGGAAGCUGUUCAGCAUCUGACUUCUGUGUCAGCUCCUCUCCCAUCAAAUCCUUCACACCCAUAUCUGAAGCUAAAGACUGUUUCAUAGACUUCAAACACCAGUAUUCAUCCAAGCCCAGUCAGAGACUAGGGAGGAAAAGAAAAUUCAAGAGAUAGCAUAACAUGCUUAAAAACACUGGGCUAUUUUUAUUGUGUUUUGUUUGUUUUUUCUGAUUUGUAUACCUUUUUGCAAUGUUAUGCCUUUUAUAAUUACUAUGUACAAAUGCUACUAAAUGCUGUCACCUUAUUUAAGUUCCUUUUGAAAUUUUUUGUUUUUGUAUAUUAUUGUGGUAUGUUCCAUGAUUUAAAAAAAAAUUAUUGCCAGAAUUGACAAUA